AUGCGCAUCCUUUCAAGGAAUCCAUUUUGUUCAAGAAUCUCACCAAUUCCUUAUUUUUCACAUCCUUACUUAUUCAAACCUUCAUUUAUAAAGCCGAAAACUCCUUCACUUAUAUCACGAAGAUCAUAUCAUGGAUUCAAUACACUAGGAUUUGUCCGUGCCUUACAGGAGGUCGGCAUUGAGAAGAAAAAUGCAGAAAUAUUUAUGGAAGCCAUUUCUAAUGUAUAUGCGAAUUCUCAUAAGAAAAUGAGUGGAUAUUUGGUGACCAAAGAACAACAAGACCGAGUAAUGUAUCAACAAAAGGUCGAUUUUGCUCAUUUGCGUAGUGAGUUACAAAGCAUCGAGCGUCAAGAAAUGGCAGCUUUACAUGCCCAAGCGGAACAAUUAUUUUCGGAUAUCGAACGCUUAAAAACAUCCUUUCGUGAUCAGCUAAAUAAUUCGACGGCAGAAGCUAGAUUACAAUUAAGUAUUGAGCGAUUAAAUCACUAUGAUGAAGCUUCUUUACAGGAGCUUAAACUUCGAGAGUUGUCUGCCGAAAUCGAUACGGAAAUGUCGAAUUUCCGGACUCAGUUAGCCACAUUUAAAACACAAACCCUUCAAUGGUUGUUGGGGAUUGUAACAGGAUCGGGCGCUUUACUUCUCGCAUAUGUUCGAUUAAUUAUUUAAAUUUUUCUUGCAUGGAAUAUGACUAGUUCUCACAGAUGACAUGUUCUCUGUUUGUUUUCACGUGCUGCUUUGAGUAUACGUUUGUCUUUAUGAAUAGUAAUGAAUGCAUUUCGAAAGCUAUCCAUUUAUUAGCAUGAAUUAUCAUGGAAAAACUAG